GAGUUUUUUUUUUUGAGAAAGAUAACUUGACCAGAGGCAUAAAAAAGUCUUUUCUUUUUUGAAGAAGCCAUGUUUCUCACGGCAGGGAUUGCACCAGCCUCCAAGAAAAAGGAGCGUGCACCAUGACAUUCCUUACAUUGUGUUAGCCAGCGAUCUUUUCGUUGAAGUGUUUUUUUUCCUAAGAAACCAUGUAUUUGUUUGAAGUGUAGAUAUCACUCUAAGCGGUAAAAAAAGAUGCCUCUAAAUAACGUGAUGGCAUAGAUGGCUAUUUUUUCAACUAUAAUUUCAAAGAUAUAAUCUGUUAAGCUGGAAAAUACAUGGAUUAAUCUAAACCGUUAUAAUUCAGUCCCACCGGAUUAACGGCUCGUAAUUUCUAAUUAACGUGGUAAUUUCUUGGAAGUCUCUAAUUAGUAUAGGUAUAGAUAGAUAGAUAGAUAGAUAGAUAGAUAGAUAGAUAUAGAUAGAUAGAUAGAUAUAGAGAUAUAGAAGGGGAUGCCAAUUUAAAAAACAGUAGUUAACAUUUUAAAAUAAAUAACCAAUAUGUUUCAAAUACAUGAAAAAUAUUUCUAAAUAUGCAAUUUUUUUUUUUCAAAUACGCACCGAUCAUUUUUCCAAAUUCGUGAUGAAUGUUUUUCAUACACACGAUUCUGUAUUUUUUCGAUGUUUUUUUUCUAGAUUGAACUUAACAAUUUUUGAAUCAGUGAAAUAAAAAUUCGGCUGGUGGUAUGGAGCGCAUUCUUAGGAGCACGCGAGAGGUUGGACGUAGGCACUGUGCUCUGUGCUUACCUAGAAGAAUAUGGCCCAACCAAUAUACUACUAGCAAGGAAACGAGCUCGAAAAUUUGUACACUACAUAGUAGGAACCAGACCACGUAUACCACGGCGGGCACAGAGCUGGCCACCGGCAACGCGUUGACGCGCAGACGAGUCGCGAACCGACGGCGGUGGCGGCGCCAUCCCGCAACGACUUCCAUGCCGGGCUGGAUACCACGUAAGAUCAUUCUUUUCCCAUCCAAUGUGCGUGCCAAUUCCGCACCACAUACCAAUCGCUUGCAUAAAAGCACGCUCCGUCGAUCCAGUCCCGUACCACAUCACGACAUUCACAAUCGAUCAAGUCACAGCCCAUGAUCAUGAUGCACCGUGCUACGAUCAUCGCGCUCGUUGCGCUGAUCUGCUGCCUCGUGGCCGGCGGCGGGGCGCGCGCGCAGCCGUUCGACUACCCGGCGGCGAGGCUCGCCACGACCUGGGCCAACACGGACGCCGCCCUGCCGCACCACGUCGUCUACACCGACGGCUCCGUGGCGCGCGCCGCCCUGCUGCGGCUCAACCCGGCGGGCCUCGGCCCCUCCUACGCCUUCGGCUUCUUCUGCACCGCCAGUCAACCACGCGGCAACGGCCCCGCGGCCCCGUGCACGGAGUUCCUGCUUGGCGUCGCCGUCGUGUACUGCAACAGCGGCGCGGGCAUGACGUUCGUCACGGCCGGCGUCCCGCAGGUCGUCUGGUCGGCCAACCGCGGCAGCCCCGUCCGGGAUGGCGCCACGGCUGAGCUCACGCCGGAGGGCGACCUCGUGCUCAGGUCCAGUAACGGCGCGGUCGUGUGGUCUGCCGGCACCAAGGGCCGGUCCGUCGCCGGGGCGCGCAUCGGCAGCGACGGCAACCUGGUGCUGUUCGACGGGCACAACGCCACGGUGUGGCAGUCGUUCGACCACCCCACGAACGCGCUCCUCGUCGGGCAGUCGCUGAAGCACGGGGCGCGGCUCACCGCCAAUGCGUCGACCGCGGACUGGCGCGAUGGCAGGUUCUACCUCGCCGUCCACGACGAUGGACUGAACGCCUACGUCAACGCCACGCCGCCGCAGCGCUACUACCACCUCGGCCUCAGCGAGACCGCACCCGGCGCCUACGCGACGUACACCAACGGCAGCCUCACGGUGUCCGCCCGGCCCGGUGCGCCGCCGCUGGCCGCCAUCCAGCUGCCCACCGUGGGCGCCGGCACGGUGCAGUACAUGCGACUGGAGCACGACGGCCACCUCCGGAUCUACGAGUGGCGCUCGGGCUGGACGCCGGUGUACGACGUGCUCAAGUCUGCUACGAACUGAUGAAUCCUGAGCACCAUACAUACAUACAUCAAGGCAUAUGGCAAUGUCCUAGGAAAAUAUGACACAAAUAAAGUUCUGCGACAUGUAUGUACAAAUUCCAUUAUAGAAAAAAUUGACAUAAAUCUUGUGUCCGUUCUCUCUACAUUUAUCACCUCAUGACAGAUGGAUGGUGAAUUAGCUUGUGCCAAACACAAUAAUGUCUAUAAUCCUAGAAACACAUCUAAAAACUAUGUUGGUUUCUGCCUUGGCUUAAUAAAGUUGGGGCGGAGGAAACCCCUAUGUUUAGAAAAGAAAAAACACCUCUAAAACUAUG